AUGGCGCAAUUCGACACCGAUGGGCUUCGAGAUGUGGAGAAGCGCAACGGCGUCUGGUUCUUUGACAAUGCCUCAGAGGAACACCAGUAUUUCCGCGGGCACACUCUUUUGUACAUCCUGCCAGACCCUGUCUACGGCCCGAAUAGCCCAUUGAGAAACAACCUCUUCUACUCACGAGUCAACAGAGCAAGAGCCUUCGGAGCCGUCAUCGUCGACACAUGGCACGACAACGUCACUCAUGUUGUGGUCAGUACUCACCAGACCUGGGAUGGCAUGCUUGAAUACCUACGCCGUCACGACCUACCUCCUAAAGUCCAGGUCGUCCGUGAUGGAUACCUUGAUGAGUGCCACGAAGCUCGAGCCAUCGUCGAACCGUCAGCGCUACAACAUCUAACUCCUGGUGACAAUCAAUGCCCUCCAGCCGGUCAUAUGCUGAACCUGCCACGAGCACAGUCAAUUAUGGUUCUCAAGGAGCGCAAGGACCUGGCUGAAGGCGACUCGGAUGAAGACAGACCAGCGAAGGAAUCGACCAGAGAGCUCUACAACCCCUUUCAAGGCAACGAGAUGGCAAAGCAGCUCGACGAAACCUGUCAACAAUUUCUUCAACGACUCAUUCCAUCUCAAGUGGUCAAGGGUGAAUUCGAUCGCCUUGCAAUCGCCAACCCAGCUGCCGACUGGAGUUGCCAACCCAACCUCAAGGCUUUCAAAUAUCGUGCGAAUUCUUUUCUCGAGCUCUUCCUGGACAACAGAUGGGACAUGGAAAAGGACCAUCGCGAAGACGAAGACUUCUCCAGGGGUGAAAAAGCUCGCCUGAGAAUGUUGCGCACCAGUCUCGAGGUGGAGAUCCUCUAUGCCGCCAAACAGACCAACGUGAUUUGUGGACGAUGGUUACUGCCCGCCACAGCCAAAAAUAUCGACAAAAAUUGGCAGGUCGUGGUUGAGUCUACGUUGCAAGGUGGCCUAGGCUGCGCCGCGGAAGUCACCCGUGGCGAGAGGGUCUCCUUCGUGAUUUCUGUCUACACAUGCGACAUCAACGACAAAGGGGAAGCGAAGCGUGUGUUGAACAAGCUCAGGGAAUUGCAAGUCUUCAACCCUGGCCCAAAACCGAUCUACUACAAAGCCUUGGCUUACACUGAGGUUGAACUCCGCGCCAAAAACGAGUACAAACUUCGAACGAGCCUGUACAAUAGCGACGAGAUUUGAGGCCAAGCAUUGACUGAAAGAGAAGGGGGGAGAGCGCGCUAGUCGGACACAUACUGAAAUGUCCCUUGGAGUGGAUGAGAAUGUGUUAUGGGUGGAGUAGAGAACAGCGACGGUUGCUGUGGGAGAACGGAUGUUAUUUGCUGGGCCAUCCUGACUUGCGCUGCAUUGGACAUGGGAUGAUUUGUAUUGCAGCAUGAAAGGUGUGGGAUGGGUUUCAUGUCAUGGUGCUUGUACUUUUAUUACAAGUCUCGAGAUCAUG